AUGGAGGAGGACGAGAUUGUUAGCGUCUUCCCUAUUCACUACUCGGACAUUUUGAGUCCGGAUGUACACGUUCACCAGUUUCCGCUACUUACUCGACCGCUGCAGACACCGCCGUCUGCAGCUCUCAGCGGAAAACGGAUCCGCGCACGUAUCAAGCCUAUGGCCCGCAAACUAGAGAUCCACGUUCCGGUAGAUACGCGACCGGAGAUUUGGAAUCAAGAUAAGAGCAAGCAGUUUGGAGUUGCGCGCACUGAGGACGACAGGGAGAAGAAUCAAGACAGCAGUAGCACUAAACAGAGGGAAGGGGAGGAACCACGACUAACCGAAGUUCGACUGCAAAGUGAACAAAUACCCCAGCAGGAGGUGUACAUGCUAGGAGUCAUUCAUAAUGAUCGCUUGCACCUUGUUCCGGUCAGCGAAACCCACCAGUUUCGCCCAACGUUAACGUACUUAGAUCUCACCUCACGUAAGAGUGGGCGGUCAAGAAGGGGGGCUGGCUCGGAUUCGGAUUCAGAUGACUACCCUCCGGAUCCAGAUGAGCCGGCGCCUGUAGUGACAGCCCCGAAGAAAGAGAAGAAGCUUGCUGAGGGAAAGGAAGUGCAGGUGUCGGCCCGUAAAUUAGUCGAGGACAGGAACAGCAAUAUGCAAGGUGGAAUGUCUGCUAUCCGACGUGAGAUGUUGCUGGCAAUUCGGGCCGUGGAGGACGAGCCGUGGCAGGCUGUCGAAUUCUGCGAUGGAGAGACAGAGGAGUCGAACCAGGUGUUCCAGUCUAUAUUUUCAGACAACGAGGAGCGACUGGAGUGUAAGACGAGCAUUACUACUUUGUUGAAAUCAAUUCGGGGCUUGUGA